AGUCACAUCUUGUUAUUCCGGAGAGGCAGGCAGACAAAGUUUGUACAACAUUAUAAUAUAUAAAUAUAAUAUAAUAAUAAAGCUCUCGGGCGCGCGAGCUGACGCAUUUCCUCGGGAAUUGGAGUGCAUUUUCUGGCCGUUUUUCAUGACGGGGGUUUUCCACGGUGUCUUACAAAUUCGUGUUCGGAGACUCGUACGUUUUUUUCCCGCACUGCUUGGCGUGAAAAUACGAAGAAUACCAGGUGUCCGUCGUGAGUGAGUGAGCGUGUACGCGCCAGCAGAAUCGUGAGUCAGUGAAAGAAGCCGAAAGGCGGGUAUCAAAGUGAACUUCUGUGGAGCGAACGCACGCAACGAAAGGGCUUCCCUGGGACGCGUGAAUCGUGGACAUAUGUGAGCCCCCACUGCGUGGUGGUAGUGCUUGGAGUGCUUUUCGUGAAAUUUUCGGACAUUAUUCAAAACACACAGACACAGCGACCGCCGGAAAGUUCCGUCUCGGUGACGACGCACGCAUAGCACGCAGCGAACGGUCUGCACAAGUAGUAGUCGGAGAGUCCUUCAGAGAUCCAUCCGUGCGCCGGAGAGUGAACGACUGAAGCGCACAUAUUUGCCUUUCCAAUCAGUAAAACGACACUGGUGUUUGGGUUGCAACGAGUCAACAUCGAACCGAGCCAAGGGAAGGAGCCACUCUGUGUGUUUGAUAGCCAUCCCCAAAAACCGCUUAAGCCUUAAGCCCCAAGGGUGACGACGACGACGACGACAUCGACAGCGAACCUGUUGAAGCCCCUUGGACACCGCCGUGUCUGUGUGCAUAUUUUGUUUGUCCCACAAAUCGCAAACUGAAGAAGCAGAUCUGCUCCGGUACCAAUCCAGAAAGCUACCCGGGGUAGCUGUUAAGUUUUUGUGUCCACACAAAACUCGGUCUCAGCGUCCAGCGCUGACGCCGUCGAAGGGUGACGGUGACGUUGGUUCGAUAGGAAACGAGUGCAAACGCUCCGUGUAAACACGUACGUGUCUCCGUGUAUGUCCGGCGCUCCGUUUUCCCGGCCAAAGAUUGUUCCCGGUGGCGUCCCAGUGACAAGACAGACGCGGGGCGGACGCGGAAGAGUGUGUGAAAUUGUUUGUGUUUAUGAUUGAAUUUUAAGCAAAGUUCUCUCGCCCCCGGAUCGUCGUUCCGUUUUUGUGAAGUGCAGUUCCUGAAAUCGACGAUCGAAGGAAUACCGCCCGCCGUCGCCGCUCGCGUCGUGUGACGAACAAACAAACAAACCCCUGAAUCCGACGCGGCGACCGAGAUAACGACGGCAUGAAGUGAUAAACAAUUUAGUGAUUCAAGUCCGAUGCUAUUCGGAUGGAAUGCGAGAGCCCCACGGCGAACGAUUGCGAUGAUUGAUCUACUGAUCUACUGCUGAUCGAAAGUUGUAUUGAAAAGUGAUUUUGAUUGAUUCGAGUGGUCGGUAGAAGACUUAGUUUAGCUUUAGCGCGGUGCUCAAAUACUUUGGGAGGGAAGAAUACGGUGAUAAUCGGGAGUGAAAAUGCAAAAACUUUACCCGGAAACGUCGAUUAACAGUACCAGCAUGGCUGGUGGGAACAUGAGUCCAAUGGCGUCGACGUACAGCAUGAACAGUAUGGGCAUGACGGUUGGCGGAAUGUCCUCAGUGUCUCCCCAGGGGGGCGGCUUCGGAGCAUCGGUUCUCGGCAGUUCCGGUAUGACCGGAAUGGGAGCCGCCAUGAACACGAUGUCCGGUAAUUGUCUCACCUCCGCCUCGCUCGGAUACAGUUCGAUGGGAUCACCCAUCACGAACAUGGGCUCCUGUAUGGGAGGCAACGGAAUGAGUUCGAUGGCGGCAAUGACCGGAUACUCGGGGGUACCUGGCAGCCGGGAAGUGCUAGGCGACCCCGGUUCACCCAAUUCAGCCGCACUCCAGCGAGUUCGGACGGAGAAACCAGCGGCCACGUAUCGGCGAAAUUAUACCCACGCCAAACCACCCUACUCGUACAUCUCCCUGAUCACAAUGGCCAUCCAGAACAACCCGCACAAGAUGCUAACCCUGGCGGAGAUCUACCAGUUCAUCAUGGAUCUGUUUCCCUUCUACAGACAGAACCAGCAGCGAUGGCAAAACUCGAUCCGACACUCGCUCAGCUUCAACGAUUGCUUCGUCAAAGUGCCACGAACACCGGACAAGCCGGGCAAGGGCUCCUUCUGGACGCUGCAUCCCGACUCGGGCAACAUGUUCGAGAACGGGUGCUACCUCCGGCGACAGAAGCGAUUCAAGGACGAGAAGAAGGAAAUAAUGCGCUCGAUUCACAAGAGUCCCGCUCACAGUCUGGAGGCAUCCAGUCCGGACAAGAAAGAUCCCCACGACGAUCCCCAUCAUCACCACCAUCGGGACCCAAAGAUCACCGCCGACACGCACGGUAUGCUGAAUGCCCCUCACGGCAAAGAUGCGGAUGCGCUGGCCAUGCUCCAUGCGACCGCUGAUCUGUGCCUAGCCCAGCAAUCUCACGCCCAACACGGUGCCCAUCAUCAGCAGCUCCAGCAGGAGGAACUGUCCGCCAUGGUGAACCGGUGUCACCCGUCACUGCUCGGCGAGUACCACUCGAUGCACCUCAAGCAGGAACCCUCCGGUUACACGCCCUCUAGUCAUCCGUUCUCGAUCACCCGGCUACUGCCGGCCGAGUCCAAGGCCGACAUCAAGAUGUACGACAUGAGCCAGUACGCGGGCUACAAUGGGCUGAGCCCACUGCAGAACUCCCACGCGGCAGCGGCCGCCCUCGGACAGGAUUCCUACUACCACCAGAGUCUCGGGUACCACCACGCGUCGGCCGGAACCACGAGCUUGUGACAUCAGUACCCGUUGGCAUAAGUGAAGCUUAAGAAUUACUACCACUGCCACCCCGGCGGCAGCGGCGGAGGCAGUGGUGUCAGCGGUGGCAGCAGCAGCGGCACCUCCAGCACCAGCGCCAACAUCCACUACAACGCGAGCUGCAUCGGCAGCCAUCAGUUCCUCGCCGCUGGUGGCUACCACAGCCUAGCGAACGGUAACGGUAAUUGCAUUGGUAGAUCCUCGGCUUAUGGAGGCGGCGGUAGCGUCGACGCCGAGAAUAACUUUCAGUUCUAGCAUUCGAGGAGAAGGAAAUCUGGCAGGGUGGUAGGGGGUUUUGGUUAAACAGUUCUAGAGUUCUUUGUCCACGGUUGAGACUCCCGGGAAUAUUUGAUCGAGAGGUGCGCUGAUGUGCGACGUUAGAGUUGACCACAUUCACGAUAUGUUCUUAUUUGCUAAUUUAAAUCCUUAGAGGGAGUGUCGAAAUUUGCUUGUUUUCUUCGGGCGCUCAUUGUAUUUUUGAUCCAAUCUUGAUCCCACUUCGGAAUCGAUUCUGUCCUUGAAGCUGAAUUCCAUAUUAGACAAACGGUUGUUCAUCAAAUUUUGACGAAAAGACAAUGAUUUUAUACACAGUCUGAUGAUUUUGCUGUUUUGUAUGAAUUUAGUGAUCAUGAUAGAUUCUUUUGCUUUGGAAAUGGAAAUGGAUUUUUGAAUCCAUGGAUUUCAUGAACGAAUAAUAUAAUUUUAAUAUAACGAAGGUACAGAAAACAAGUUCACAAAAUGUUAUGUCAUGGUAGAAAAUCGAUUCCUUUUUGAAAUCAACAGAAAAAUCAUUUGGUCUAGUUGAAAUAUUACAUCUUCAGAAGAAAUUGAAAUCAAUCGUCGACUUUUCUUGUUCGUUAAUAUGAAUUUGAGCCUGUUAGAUUAAUAUCAUAAUUUGGCAGACCCCAAUAAUUACUCAUAAUAUUUGUGAUUUAAAUUAAUAUUCUAUAUGAUUGUAUUCAUUAUUCAGCGGUUUCAGCAGGAUUCUUACUUUGUGACGAGAUGGAAAAUACUUUGGUUUGUCUCUGACCUUGAAUAUCAAUCGAGUGUGAGACUAGUUUGCCAUCGUUCGCGUUGAAAAUCCUCAGGAUUUUCAACUUGUAAAACCUAGGCAACGAAUUGAGCUUAGUAAUAGCAUACUUACCAUCGUUUAACAGUAUAAAAUACAUGCGUAUUUUAUAAUAACUCCUUCGAUGAAAUUCAAUCUCUAUGAAAAUUUGAACCGUUUCGUAAAAUACCUAAGAACUUCAUUCGUCUUCCAAGAACUUAGUAUGAGAUGAGUAUCAACAUUUUACGAUUUUCGACCGGUUUUCAUAAUAGCUUUGAGCCUCAACUUAAAAAUUCAUUCUGGGCCUGUAGGUUCAUCAAACGUUCGGUCUAGUUCAUCUCUCAAAACAUAAAAUGCCAAUUUAACAUAAGUUGAAUUGAAUGAAAUUGUAUCACGAAUCAUUAUUGAAAUGCUUGGAUUUAAAUAUAUGCGAAUAAAUUCUUUUCGGAGAUUUCCCAACAGAGAUUUCUGGGAAGCACAAUUAGUGUUCGAAAAUUGAUUUGUCAUUUAAAAAAAAGCGUUAAAAAUUUGAAGUAAUGGAAAAUUUUUUGCUCUUCUCGAAUGGCCCUCACACGAUCAUUAAUAAAGCCAAUACUUUUACAGUUAUGAUUAUCGCAAUAUCAGAAAAUACCCGGAUCCGUAUAACUAUUUUUCAUCAUUCUAACUUUUUCAACCAUACACAAUCAUUCUUGAUGUCAUUUUGAUGAAAUAAUGUCAUUAUUACUGAUUAUGACAGGGCCGCUGUCAGAUUGGGUGUUGGAUGAAAUUGUUUUUGUUUGUUAACAUUAAUUAAAGAAAAAAAGGUUUAAUGGUCCUUUUUUUCUUUUUUCUGUUUUCGAAUUUCUGGACUUCAUUUUGAAAUCAAUUCAACUUUCAAUAAUCAACCCAUCAGACAAUAAUUUUCAAAGAACUGUUACAUUUGAUGAUGAGGAAACCGAUCAAGGCGUGUAAAUAGUGAUUCUCCAGAAAACUGGAAAUGUUCCAGAGAUCGGGAGAACUUCUAAAUUGAUAGACUUCAGAUUUUUCCCGCGAAAAUUUUCAUGUAAAGUCGAACGAUUUCAAUUUAUCAACUUUUUUUCAUACAUCCAAAAUGACACCAGAUAAAUUUUACCAAUGUUCAAACGGCAAUAACUUUUCUACUCAUUUUGAUGCAACUGGUUGCAUUUGACGAGAAAUGCAGUUUAAAUAGAAACACAGUUAGUUUAAAUAGCCAGGUCGAAAUGUCGAAAGGACUAUGGACAUGUUUCGACCAAACAAUUCCAAGUUUAGGCUCGUUGUAAAGGUGACAUUUCAUACAAAAAAAAUAUCUUUUACUGUUUUUUGUUUGUUCCACUCAGUUGUUACAGGAUUUUAACGAUGGAAGUCAACAAAGAGGAAACUCGGUACAUCUUACACUUUUUAUUUUUCUAUUAUAAAGGCGAAAAUGCAGGCCAGACAACUAAAAUUGUGAAUGGUUUUCGUGGUAUCGAUACUGUAACAGUAAAAUAAGUGCAAUUUAUUUUUUUAUUUUAAAACGGUGCAUAUUUGACCCAAAUCAGGCAAUCUGAAGCAUAUUGAAAACUGUACCCACAAAUAAUGGAUUACUUUUUCCUCAACCUAAUAUUUUCAAAAACGAUAACAUACAUUCCAUUUAUAUUACGUCUUGUUAUCUAUCAGUAUUAUUAAAUUUAAAAAAAAUGCGCGAAAUCAAGAUCAUUCAGUUACAGAGACCAAACACUCGAGUGAACGUAAAAAAAAUAUUGCAAAUAUAUGACGAAUUUCAUGCCAACUCGUCUCAGGAGUUGGCAGCACCAUCUCAGAUAGCAGUGAAACGUUGUGGGUGUAAAGAUAUGGGUCAUUUAAGCAACUUUGCAUACUUGAAAUAUUCGAAAAAGAAUUGAACUACUUUUUGGAAAAAGCCAAAUUUUUUUUCUUAAUUUUUUACAAAAAUUGAAAACUUAAAAACUAUGAUACCUACAAAAUUCUUGUCAAAGGAUGAAUUGUAGGAAAUUAUUUAAAUUUUCACCAAAAAAUACUAAACAAUUUUUGGAACUAUAUACUGUA